UGUAUAAUAGGAAGCUACGAGCUAGCUGAGCACAAAAGAUAAUUAUCUAUAGCAAGUAUCAUGAAAGAAUGCAACUAACAGAGCAGUAUAUAUCGUGUACCUUGCUACUGACCUUAGCAGCACUGCUAACAGGGGCAAGGGGGUCAGCUCAACUGUAUGACUUUGGGAUCAUUGCCUCUGAUAACCAACUGAACUUUGCAGACGAGCUCUACAUGCAAGUGAACCUCACAGACUCGUUCACCUACCUGGGAGGUGCAGAGAGAGAGAUUUAUAUUGGUAUCGAUGGCGUGUUGCUGUUUAACGAUCCAAAUCAAGGCAUGGUUGCUCCGUUCUAUGCGAACAUUGACACAAGAGGAACAGGAAAUGUGUAUUAUCGAGUGUCUACUAAUGGUACACUUGUGGCGUCUGUUGGAGAGAGAGUUCAGAGAGCAUUUGACAAUAUGGUCUCCUUUAACCCGGAAUCAGUGUUUGUAGGGACCUGGGAUCGAGUGGGCAGCUAUGACCGAGGAACGGAUAAGGUCAAUACCUUCCAAGUCGUCAUUGCGGCAGACUCCUUGUCGUCUUUUGUGAUCUUUCUGUACUCUGACCUCCAAUGGUACGUUUCUAUGACGUCAUCUGGAAGUGGCUCUGGCUCAGGGUCGACCAACAGCAGUGGCAGUGGCAGUGGCAGUGGUAUGCCUGCUCUGAUGACAGCCUCUGUUGGAUUCCAUAACCAAAGUAGAGCCCCAGUAUACACACUACCAGGGUCUGAUACGGAGCAAGUAUUGUUGCUAAGCAAUACCAGUAACGUUGGAGAGCCUGGCGUCUGGGUGUUCAGAGUCGACAGUGUGAUAGACAUCAACGAGUGUCUCACCAGCAAUGGUGACUGUGAGCAGAACUGUAACAACACUGAGGGCAGUUUCAACUGUUUCUGUAACUCCGGGUUCACUCUACACAGCAAUGGAUUCAACUGCAACGACAUCAAUGAGUGCUUGCCUGACAAUUAUGGAGACUGUGAACACACCUGUACUAAUACUGAGGGAAACUUUAGCUGCUCCUGUAACACUGGCUAUGAACUGGACAGCAAUGGAUUCAACUGCUCAGAUGUAAACGAGUGCCUCUCUGGUAUUGGAGGAUGUGAACACACCUGCACAAAUACUGUUGGGAACUUCAGCUGCUCCUGUAAAAGUGGAUACAGCCUGGACAGUAAUUUAAUGAACUGCUCAGACGUUAAUGAGUGCGCCACCACCAACAAAGGAGGCUGUGAGCAUACCUGCACUAACACUGACGGCAGUUUCUCUUGUUCAUGUGAUACUGGAUAUCAGUUGGACCACAACUCAUUCAAUUGCUCUGACAUUGAUGAGUGCUUGACUGACAAUGGAGACUGUGAGCAGAACUGUAACAACACUGAGGGUAGUUUCAACUGUUUCUGUAACUCCGGGUUCAUUCUACACAGCAAUAGAUUCAACUGCAGCGACAUCAAUGAGUGCCUAACUGACAAUGGAGACUGUGAACACACGUGUUCCAACAUUGAGGGAAACUUUAGCUGCUCUUGUAACACUGGCUAUGAACUGGACAACAAUGGAUUCAACUGCUCAGACAUUGAUGAGUGUUCUCGCAAUACGUCUAAGUGUCUGUCCAAUUCUAUCUGCGUCAACAUUGAGGGUAAUUACACCUGCCCCUGUAAUAAUGGCUUUACUGGAGACGGCUUCACUGGUUGUGAAAACAUCAACGAGUGUGAAGAUGGCACUCACAACUGUGACCGCAAUGCCAUCUGUACUGACAAUGUUGGGAGCUUUGCCUGCACUUGUGUGUUUGGCUACACUGGGACAGGAGAGCAAUGCGACUGCACUGAUGGACAGGUGCGGCUGAUGAAUGGAAGUGAACCCAGUGAAGGUCAGAGAAAGGGAAGAGUUGAGAUCUGCUACAACAACACCUAUGGCAGUGUGUGUGAUGACUUCUUCAAUGAGAAUGCUGCAGCCGUUGUCUGCAAUGGAACUGGCUCUCCAGUUCGUGGUAUUGACAGUAUAUUUAGUGCUGGUUCUGGUCCCAUCUUUCUGGACAAUGUAGUGUGUGCUGGCACUGAGGACAACCUCUUGAGCUGCUCCCAUAGCCAGAUAUUCCAGCACAACUGCGACCACUCUGAAGAUGUGGCUGUCGUCUGUGAUGUCUCAUGCAUUGACGGCAGUGUUAGACUGAGAAACCCUGAUGCUGUCUCCGAGAGCACCCUUCCAGCAUACAACCUGAUCAAGGAUCAGGUGUCUCGUGGUGUGGUGGAGUUGUGUGUGAACGGUGACUUUGGUAGCCUCUGUGACAGUGAGUGGGACGAUCAGGACGCCUCUGUGGUCUGCAGACAGCUGGGUUUCUCCCCACAUGGAGCCAUUCAUCUUGACGGCCACUUAUUCAAUGGAUUCGCUUCUUCAAGUGUUAGAGACGGUAGUUAUGGUUGUGUUGGAACUGAAAGUGAGCUAAUAAGUUGUGCUUAUCAGCCAGCUGCUACUUGUGGUGGGGUUAACGUUGAAGGAGCUGCAGUAGUGUGUCAGGAUAAAACAGCAACUGUUUUCAGCAACUGUACUGAUGGAGAGAUUCGACUAGUGGGUGGAGCUAAUGUCACUCUCGGAGCUGUUCAAGUUUGCAUGAAUAAUGCCUGGGGCUCAGUGUGUAAUGACAGAUUCGGUACCAACGAUGCCACUGUGGUGUGCAGACAACUUGGCUUCUCUGUCACUGGGGCUGAGGCCUUCAGAGAUGCCAGUACCAGGUUCAAUAUCUCAACAGGACCUGUGUUCCUAGAACGGGUCGACUGUAGAGGGUCAGAGAGCAGCGUAAUGGGCUGUAGCCAGACACCCCCUGGUCUAUCUCAAUGUACUGCCUCCGAGAUUGCUGGCGUAAUCUGUAUAGAUGUGAACCAGUGUCUGACUAACAAUGGAGGGUGUGCUCACAACUGCACCAAUGAGCUGCCUGGAUUCACAUGUAGCUGUAGAACCGGCUACAAUCUGGACACUGACAACAAAGGUUGUGUCGAUAUUGACGAGUGUGAAAGCAGUCCUUGUGGAAACACCUGUGUCAACACUAAUGGCAGUUUUCAUUGCCUCUGUACCGCCUCCAACACUUCUCUGGACACUGAUGGUCGAAGUUGCAUAUCCUGUCAAGAUGGAGAUGUUCGACUGGUGAAUGGUUUUGUUCAGUCUGAGGGCAGAGUGGAGGUGUGCAGAGGUGGAGUGUUUGGUACCGUCUGUGAUGACUUCUGGGAUGAGCUGGAUGCCAGGGUCGUCUGUACACAACUUGGAUACUCUGCAUCAGAAUCCAUCGCUGUGUCUGGUGGUGGGUUUGCCCAAGGCAUUGGCUCUAUUUUUCUUGACGACCUGAAGUGCAAUGGAAGUGAGCAGAGUCUGUUGAACUGUUUGUACAGUCAGAUCCACAAUUGUGAUCAUUCUGAAGAUGCAGGAGUCAGGUGUCAAUCCAUAUGUAGUCAUGGUGAAGUGCGACUGGUUGUGGGAGAGGAUGUGGACUCUUUCUACGAGGGUCUCACUGACUACAAUGAUGCCUACUAUGACAAGGACGGACUGACAAGUGGCAGAGUGGAGGUGUGUGUCUCUGGGAGGUACGGUUCAGUCUGUCACACCCCUUGGACAGAAAUGGACGCCUCUGUCGUCUGCAAGCAGCUUGGCCUCUCACAAUAUGGUGCUAUCAAUGUGAAUGCUGAUAUUUUUACGGAGGGUAGUACACCUCGCCUGGUAUCAAUGGCCAACUGUACUGGAACUGAGGUAUCACUUCUCGACUGUAUGGGUGUAGUCACUGGCUCUGGCACUGGCUUCACUUGCCCCACCUCUGGAGUUAUCUGUCAAGCCUCAGGCACAGUAGCUGGUGACUGCUCCACUGGAGAUAUCCGUCUCCUGAACGCCACUGACACUUCAACAACCAGGGAAGGACGUUUGGAGGUGUGCAUCAACAAUGCCUGGGGAACAGUCUGUGAUGACCGAUUCAACUCUCUUGAUGCAACUGUAGCUUGUACUCAACUAGAAGGUUUUAACUCAUCUGAUGCUACAUUUUUACCUAGGGGUACAGUUGAACAAGGUUCUGGUCCAAUAUUUUUCUCUGGCCUAUUGUGUACUGGACAGGAGUCUGAUCUGCAGGACUGUAGCUUAUAUUCUAACCAACCACCUAGCACCUUCUCUAGCUGCCAACACUCUCAGGAUGUCGCUGUGAGAUGCACAGACAUUGAUGAGUGUGCUGAGGAUAAUGGAGGAUGCAACCAGAACUGUACCAACUCUAUCGGGAGCUACCAGUGCAGUUGUCAGAAUGGCUAUCUACUCAACCAGGAUGGGAGAGGCUGUAACAAUGUGAAUGAGUGCAGUAUUCAGAAUGGUGACUGUGAACAUCUGUGUACUGACAUUCCUGGAGGACAUGUUUGCUCUUGUUUCAAUGGUUUCCUCUUAACUAAUGUACACAAUUGUUCUGACAUCAAUGAGUGCUUGUCUGACAAUGGAGAAUGUGAACACAACUGUACUAACACUGAGGGAAACUUUAGCUGCUCCUGUAACACUGGCUAUGAACUGGACAGCAAUGGAUUCAACUGCUCUGAUGUCAAUGAGUGCUUUAUCAACAAUGGAGGAUGUGAGGAGAAUUGUACCAACACUGAGGGAAGCUUUAGCUGCUCCUGUAACACUGGCUAUAGUCUGAACAGCAAUGGAUACAACUGUACAGAAAUUGAUGAGUGUCUCACCAACAAUGGUGGCUGUGAGCAUGACUGUAACAACACUGAUGGAAGUUUUUUCUGUUCCUGUAACUCUGGAUAUCAACUAGACAUCAACUCAAUGAACUGCUCAGACAUCAAUGAGUGCUUAACUGACAAUGGAGACUGUGAACACACUUGUACCAACGCUGAGGGAAACUUUAGCUGCUCCUGUAACACUGGCUAUGAACUGGACAGCAAUAGAUUCAACUGCUCUGAUGUCAAUGAGUGCCUCUCUGGUAAUGGAGGAUGUGAACACACCUGUACGAAUACUGUUGGGAACGUCAGCUGUUCCUGCAGAAGUGGAUACAGCCUGGACAGUAAUUUAAUGAACUGCUCAGACGUUAAUGAGUGCACCACCACCAACAAAGGAGGCUGUGAGCAUACCUGCACUAACACUGACGGCAGUUUCUCUUGUUUAUGUGAUACUGGAUAUCAGUUGGACCACAACUCAUUCAAUUGCUCUGACAUCGAUGAGUGCUUGACUGACAAUGGAGACUGUGAACACAUCUGUACCAACACUGAAGGCAACUCUAGCUGCUCCUGUAACACUGGGUAUGAACUGGACAGUAAUAGAUUCAACUGCUCUGACAUUGAUGAGUGUUCUGGCAAUGCAUCUGAGUGUCUGUCCAAUUCUAUCUGCGUCAACAUUGAGGGUAAUUACACCUGCCCCUGUAAUAAUGGCUUUGCUGGAGACGGUUUCACUGGUUGUGAAAACAUCAACGAGUGUGAAGAUGGCACUCACAACUGUGACAGCAAUGCCGUCUGUACUGACAAUGUUGGGAGCUUUGCUUGCACUUGUGUGUUUGGCUACACGGGGACAGGAGAGCAAUGCGACUGCACUGAUGGACAGGUGCGGCUGAUGAAUGGGAGUGAACCCAGUGAAGGUCAGAGAAUGGGAAGAGUUGAGAUCUGCUACAACAACACCUAUGGCAGUGUGUGUGAUGACUUCUUCAAUGAGAAUGCUGCAGCCGUUGUCUGCAAUGGAACUGGCUCUCCAGUUCGUGGUAUUGACAGUACAUUUGGUGUUGGUUCUGGUCCCAUCACUCUGGACAAUGUGGUGUGUGCUGGCACUGAGGACAACCUCUUGAGCUGCUCCCAUAACCAGAUAUUCCAGCACAACUGCAACCACUCUGAAGAUGUGGCUGUCGUCUGUGAUGUCUCAUGUAUUGACGGCAGUGUUAGACUGAGAAAUCCUGAUGCUCUCUCAGAGAGCACCCUUCCAGCAUACAACCUGAUCAAGGAGCAGGUGUCUCGUGGUGUGGUGGAGUUGUGUGUGAACGGUGACUUUGGUAGCAUCUGUGACAGUGGGUGGGAUGAUCAGGAUGCCUCUGUGGUCUGCAAACAGCUGGGAUUCUCCCCACAUGGAGCCAUUGAUCUUAACGGCCACUUAUUCAAUGGAUUUGCUUCUUCAAGUGUGAGAAACGAUAGUUAUGUUUGUGUCGGAACUGAAAGUGAGCUGCGAAGUUGUGCCUCUCAGCCGGCUGCUACUUGUGGUGGGAUUCAAGGAGCUGCAGUAGUGUGUCAGGAUAAAACGGCGACUCUUUUCAACAAUUGCACUGAUGGAGAGAUACGACUAAUGGGUGGAGCUAACGCCACUUUCGGAGCUGUUCAAGUCUGCAUAAAUAAUGCCUGGGGCUCAGUGUGCAAUGACAGAUUUGGUACCAACGAUGCCACUGUGGUGUGCAGACAACUUGGCUUCCCUGUCACUGGGGCUGAGGCCUUCAGAGAUGCCAGUACCAGGUUCAAUAUACCAACAGGACCAGUGUUCCUAGACAAGAUCGAUUGUAGAGGGUCAGAGAACAGUGUGAUGAACUGUAGCCAGACCGCUCCUGGCCUGUCAGCAUGCACUUCCACUGAGAUUGCUGGAGUACAGUGUGUUGAUGUGAACCAGUGUCUGACUAACAAUGGAGGAUGUGCCCACAACUGCACUAAUGAGCUGCCUGGAUUCACAUGUAGCUGUAGAACCGGCUACAAUCUGGACACUGACAACAAAGGUUGUGUCGAUAUUGACGAGUGUGAAAGCAGUCCUUGUGGAGACACCUGUGUCAACACUAAUGGCAGUUUUCAUUGCCUCUGUACCUCCAACACUUCUCUGGACACUGAUGGUCGAAGUUGCAUAUCCUGUCAAGAUGGAGAUGUUCGGCUGGUGAAUGGUUCUGUUCAGUCUGAGGGCAGAGUGGAGGUGUGCAAAGGUGGAGUGUUUGGUACCGUCUGUGAUGACUUCUGGGAUGAGCUGGAUGCCAGGGUUGUCUGUACACAACUCGGAUACUCUGCAUCAGAAUCCAUUGCUGUGUCUGGUGGUGGGUUUGCCCAAGGCAUUGGCUCUAUUUUUCUUGACGACCUGAAGUGUAAUGGAAAUGAGCAGAGUCUGUUGAACUGUUUGUACAGUCCGACCCACAAUUGUGAUCACUCUGAAGAUGCAGGAGUCAGGUGUCAAUCCAUGUGUAGUCAUGGUGAAGUACGACUGGUGGUGGGAGAGGAUGUGGACUCUUUCUACGAGGGUCUCACUGACUACAAUGAUGCCUACUAUGACAAGGAUGGACUGACAAGUGGCAGAGUGGAGGUGUGUGUCUCUGGGAGGUACGGCUCAGUCUGCCACACCCCUUGGACAGAAAUGGACGCCUCUGUCGUCUGCAAGCAACUAGGCUUCUCAGAAUAUGGUGCUAUCAAUGUGAAUGCUGAUAUAUUUACCGAGGGUAGUACACCUCGCCUGGUAUCAAUGGCCAACUGUACUGGAACUGAGGCCUCACUUCUUGACUGUAUGGGUGUGGUCACCGGCUCUGGCACUGGCUUCUCUUGCCCCACCUCCGGAGUUGUAUGUCAAGCCUCAGGCACAGCAGCUGGUGACUGCUCCACUGGAGAUAUUCGUCUCACGAAUGCCACUGACACUUCAACAACCAGGGCAGGACGUUUGGAGGUGUGUUUCAACAAUGCCUGGGGAACAGUCUGUGAUGACCGAUUCAACUCUCUUGAUGCAACUGUGGCCUGUACUCAACUAGAAGGAUUUAGCCCAUCUGAUACUGCAUUUUUACCUAGGGGUACUGUUGAACAAGGCUCAGGUCCAAUAUUUUUCUCUGGCCUAUUGUGUACUGGACAGGAGUCUGAUCUGCAGGACUGUAGCUUAUAUUCUAACCAACCACCUAGCACCUUCUCAAGCUGCCAACACUCUCAGGAUGUCGCCGUGAGAUGUACAGACAUUGAUGAGUGUGCUGAGGAUAAUGGAGGAUGCAACCAGAACUGUACCAACUCUAUCGGGAGCUACCAGUGCAGUUGUCAGAGUGGCUAUCUACUCAACCAGGAUGGGAGAGGGUGUAACAAUGUGAAUGAGUGCAGUAUUGAGAACGGUGACUGUGAACAUCUGUGCACUGACAUUCCUGGAAGACAUGUUUGCUCUUGUUUCAAUGGUUUCCUCUUAACUAAUGUAUACAAUUGUACUGACAUCGAUGAGUGCCUUACUGACAAUGGAGACUGUGAACACACUUGUACCAACACUGAGGGAAACUUUAGCUGCUCUUGUACUACUGGCUAUGAACUGGACAGUAAUGGAUUCAACUGCUCUGAUGUCAAUGAGUGCUUCAUCAACAAUGGAGGAUGUCAACAUAACUGUACCAACACUGAGGGAAACUCCAGCUGCUCCUGUAACACUGGCUAUAGUCUGGACAGCAAUGGAUUCAACUGUACAGAAAUUGAUGAGUGUCUCACCAACAAUGGUGGCUGUGAGGAUGACUGUAACAACAUUGAUGGAAGCUUUUUUUGUUCCUGUGACUCCGGAUAUCAACUAGACAACAAUUCACUGAACUGCUCAGACAUCAAUGAGUGCAACACCACCAAUGGAUACUGUGAACACAUCUGUACCAACACUGAGGGAAACUUUAGCUGCUCCUGUAACACUGGCUAUGACCUGGACAGCAAUGGGUUCAACUGUACAGAUGUAAACGAGUGCCUCUCUGGUAGUGGAGGAUGUGAACACACCUGUACGAAUACUGUUGGAAACUUCAGCUGCUCCUGUACUAGUGGAUACAGCCUGGACAGUAAUUUGAUGAAUUGCUCAGACGUGAAUGAGUGCAACACCACCAACAAAGGAGGCUGUGAGCAUACCUGCACUAACACUGAUGGCAAUUUCUCUUGUUCAUGUGAUACUGGAUAUCAGUUGGACCACAACUUAUUCAAUUGCUCUGACAUAAAUGAGUGCAACAUCAACAAUGGAGACUGCGAACACACCUGUACCAACACUGAUGGAACCUUUAGCUGCUCUUGUAUUACUGGCUAUGAACUGGACAGCAAUGGAUUCAACUGCUCUGACAUUGAUGAGUGUUCUCGCAAUGCGUCUGAGUGUUUGUCCAAUUCUACAUGCAUAAACAUUGAGGGUAAUUACACCUGCCCCUGUAAUAAUGGCUUUGCUGGAGACGGCUACACUGGUUGUGAAAACAUUAACGAGUGUGAAGAUGGCACUCACAACUGUGACCGCAAUGCCCUCUGUACUGACAAUGUUGGGAGCUUUGCCUGCACUUGUGUGUUUGGCUACACUGGGACAGGAGAGCAAUGCGACUGCACUGAUGGACAGGUGCGGCUGAUGAAUGGGAGUGAACCCAAUGAGGGUCAGAGAAAGGGAAGAGUUGAGAUCUGCUACAACAACACCUAUGGCAGUGUGUGUGAUGACUUCUUCAAUGAGAAUGCUGCAGCCGUUGUCUGCAAUGGAACUGGCUCUCCAGUUCGUGGUAUUGACAGUACAUUUGGUGUUGGUUCUGGUCCAAUCACUCUGGACAAUGUGGUGUGUGCUGGCACUGAGAACAACCUCUUGAGCUGCUCCCAUAACCAGUUACUCCAGCACAACUGCGACCACUCUGAAGAUGUGGCUGUCAUCUGUGAUGUCUCAUGUAUUGACGGCAGUGUUAGACUGAGAAAUCUUGAGGCUGUCUCAGAGAGCACCCUUCCAGAAUACAACCUGAUCAAGGAGCAGGUGUCUCGUGGUGUGGUGGAGUUGUGUGUUAACAGUGACUUUGGUAGCCUUUGUGACAAUGGGUGGGAUGAUCAGGACGCCUCUGUGGUGUGCAGACAGCUGGGCUUCUCCCCACAUGGAGCCAUUCAUCUAACUGCCGUCAAUGGAUUUACUUCUUCAAGUAUUAGACAUGGUAGUUAUAGAUGUGUCGGAACUGAAAGUGAGCUGCAAAGUUGUGCUUAUCAGCCGGCUGCUACUUGUGAUGGGAUUCAAGGAGCUGCAGUAGUGUGUCAGGGGAAAACGACGACUGUUUUCAACAACUGUACUGAUGGAGAGAUAAGACUAAUAGGUGGAGCUAACGCCACUCUCGGAGCUGUUCAAGUCUGCAUGAACAAAGCCUGGGGCUCAGUGUGCAAUGACAGAUUUGGUACCAAUGAUGCCACUGUGGUGUGCAGACAGCUUGGCUUCCCCGUCGCUGGGGCUGAGGCCUUCAGAGAUGCCAGUACCAGGUUCAAUAUUCCAACAGGACCAGUGUUCCUAGACAAGAUCGAUUGUAGAGGGUCAGAGAACAGUGUGAUGGACUGUAGCCAGACUGCUCUUGGCCUGUCAGCAUGCACUUCCACUGAGAUUGCUGGAGUACAGUGUGUUGAUGUGAACCAGUGUCUGACUAACAAUGGAGGGUGUGCCCACAACUGUAUCAAUGAGCUGCCUGGAUUCACAUGUAGCUGUAGAACCGGCUACAACCUGGACAUUGACAACACAAGUUGUGUCGAUAUUGACGAGUGUGAAAGCAGUCCUUGUGGAGACACCUGUGUCAACACUAAUGGCAGUUUUCAUUGCCGCUGUACCGCCUCCAACACUUCUCUGGACACUGACAGUCGAAGUUGCAUAUCCUGUCAAGAUGGAGAUGUUCGGCUAGUGAAUGGUUCUGUUCCGUCUGAGGGAAGAGUGGAGGUAUGCAGAGGUGUAAUGUUUGGUACCGUCUGUGAUGACUUCUGGGAUGAGCUGGAUGCCAAGGUCGUCUGUAAACAACUCGGAUACUCUGCAUCAGGGUCCAUUGCUGUGUCUGGUGGUGGGUUUGCCCAAGGCAUUGGUUCUAUUAGUCUUGAUGACCUGAAGUGCAAUGGAAGUGAGCAGAGUCUGUUGAACUGUCUGUAUAGUCAGACCCACAAUUGUGACCACUCUGAAGAUGCAGGAGUUAGGUGUCAAUCCAUGUGUAGUCAUGGUGAAGUGCGACUGGUGGUGGGAGAGGAUGUGGACUCUUUCUACGAGGGUCUCACUGACUAUAAUGAUGCCUACUAUGACAAGGAUGGACUGACAAGCGGCAGAGUGGAGGUGUGUGUCUAUGGGAGGUACGGCUCAGUCUGUCACACCCCUUGGACAGAAAUGGACGCCUCUGUCGUCUGCAAGCAACUAGGCCUCUCAGAAUAUGGUGCUAUCAAUGUGAAUGCUGAUAUAUUUACCGAGGGUAGUACACCUCGCCUGGUAUCAAUGGCCAACUGUACUGGAACUGAGGCAUCACUUCUUGACUGUAUGGGUGCGGUCAGUAAUUCUAGCACUGGCUUCACUUGCCCCACCUCCGGAGUUAUAUGUCAAGCCUCAGGCACAGGAGCUGGUAACUGCUCCACUGGAGAUAUUCGUCUCACGAAUGCAACUGACACGGCAACAACCAGGGCAGGACGUUUGGAGGUGUGCAUCAACAAUGCCUGGGGAACAGUCUGUGAUGACCGAUUCAACUCUCUUGAUGCAACUGUAGCUUGUACUCAACUAGAAGGAUUCAACUCAUCUGAUGCUGUAUUUUUACCUAGGGGCACAGUUGAACAAGGUUCUGGUCCAAUAUUUUUCUCUGGCCUUUUGUGUACUGGACAGGAGUCUGAUCUGCAGGACUGUAGCUUAUAUUCUAACCAACCACCUAGCACCUUCUCUAGCUGCCAACACUCCCAGGAUGUCGCCGUGAGAUGCACAGACAUUGAUGAGUGUGCUGAGGAUAAUGGAGGAUGCAACCAGAACUGUACCAACUCUAUCGGGAGCUACCAGUGCAGUUGUCAGAGUGGCUAUCUACUCAACCAGGAUGGGAGAGGCUGUAACAAUGUGAAUGAGUGCAGUAUUGAGAACGGUGACUGUGAACAUCUGUGCACUGACUUUCCUGGAGGACAUGUUUGCUCUUGUUUCAAUGGUUUCUUCUUAACUAAUGUAUACAAUUGUACUGACAUCAAUGAGUGCAACACCACCAAUGGAGACUGUGAGCACAACUGUAUCAACACUGAGGGAAACUUUAGCUGCUCCUGUAACAUUGGCUAUGAACUGGACAGCAAUGGAUUCAACUGCUCUGAUGUCGAUGAGUGCUUCAUCGACAAUGGAAUAUGUGAGCACAACUGUACCAACACUGAGGGAAACUUUAGCUGCUCCUGUAACACUGGUUAUAGUUUAGACAGCAAUGGAUUUAACUGUACAGAAAUUAAUGAGUGCCUCACGAACAAUGGUGGCUGUGAGCAUGACUGUAACAACACUGAUGGAAGCUUUUUUUGUUUCUGUGACUCUGGAUAUCAACUAGACAACAACUCACUGAACUGCUCAGACAUCAAUGAGUGCCUGACUGACAAUGGAGACUGUGAACACACUUGUACCAACACUGAGGGGAACUUUAGCUGCUCCUGUAAGACUGGCUAUGAGCUAGAGGGAAAUGGAUUCAACUGCUCAGAUGUCAACGAGUGCCUCUCUGGUAAUGGAAGAUGUGAACACACCUGUACGAAUACUGUUGGGAACUUCAACUGCUCCUGCACAGAUGGAUACAGCCUGGACAGUAAUUUAAUGAACUGCUCAGACAUUAAUGAGUGCACCACCACCAACAAAGGAGGCUGUGAGCAUAUCUGCACUAACACUGAUGGCAAUUUCUCUUGUUCAUGUGAUGCUGGAUAUCAGUUGGACCACAACUCAUUCAAUUGCUCUGACAUCGAUGAGUGCUUGCCUGACAAUGGAGACUGUGAACACACUUGUACCAACACUGAGGGCACCUUUAGCUGCUCCUGUAACACUGGCUAUGAACUGGACAGCAAUGGAUUCAACUGCUCAGACGUUGAUGAGUGUUCUCGCAAUGAGUUUGAGUGUCUGUCCAAUUCUAUCUGCGUCAACAUUGAGGGUAAUUACACCUGUCCCUGUAAUAAUGGAUUUUCUGGAGACGGCUUCACUGGUUGUGAAAACAUCAACGAGUGUGAAGAUGGCACUCACAACUGUGACCGCAAUGCCGUCUGUACUGACAAUGUUGGGAGCUUUGCUUGCACUUGUGUGUUUGGCUACACUGGGACAGGAGAGCAAUGCGACUGCACUGAUGGACAGGUGCGGCUGAUGAAUGGAAGUGAGCCCAGUGAAGGUCAGAGAAUGGGAAGAGUUGAGAUCUGCUACAACAACACCUAUGGCAGUGUGUGUGAUGACUUCUUCAAUGAGAAUGCUGCAACCGUUGUUUGCAAUGGAAUUGGCUCCCCAGUUCGUGGUGUUGACAGUACAUUUGGUGCUGGUUCUGAUCCCAUCACUCUGGACAAUAUUGUGUGUGCUGGUACUGAGGACAACCUCUUGAGCUGCUCCCAUAACCAGAUAUUCCAACACAACUGUGAUCACUCUGAAGAUGUGGCUGUCGUCUGUGAUGUUCCAUGCAUUGAGAACAGUGUUAGACUUGUGAAUUUUGAGAAAUCCAUUCCAAGUCAGUUGUCUGAAUACAACCUCAUCAAAGAUACUAUUGCUCGAGGUGUGGUUGAAGUCUGUCAAAAUACCUCUUUUGUGAGUGUGUGUGAGAAAUCAUGGACUAAUCGUGAAGCAUCCGUUAUCUGCAACCAGCUUGGAUUCUCUCCCUAUGGUUCAAUUGGUGUGAGCAGUUCGGUCUACACCGGUACACUCUCUCCCAUCUUGGUGAAUGGUCUCAUGUGUGUUGGAGAAGAGGAUUCUGUCAGCAAAUGCAAUCAAACUGGUGCUGUCUGCCUUCAAGGAAGAGCGGGACUCAUUUGUCAAGACACAACGACUACUGUAUUCAGCAACUGCACUGAUGGAGAGAUACGGCUAGUGGGUGGAGCUAAUGCCACUCUUGGGGCUGUUCAAGUUUGCAUGAAUAAUGCCUGGGGCUCAGUGUGUAAUGACAGAUUCGGUACCAACGAUGCCACUGUGGUGUGCAGACAGCUUGGCUUCCCCGUCACUGGGGCUGAGGCCUUCAGAGAUGCCAGUACCAGGUUCAAUAUAUCAACAGGACCUGUGUUCCUAGACAGGGUCACUUGCUUUGGAGAGGAAAACCAGUUAAUUGAUUGUCGUCUGAGUGGAGGAAGAGUAGUUGGUCAAUCCCUGUGUGAUCGGUCACAACUAGCAGGUGUAAAAUGUUUAGAUGUGAACCAGUGUCUGACUAACAAUGGAGGGUGUGGCCACAACUGCACCAAUGAGCUGCCUGGAUUCACAUGUAGCUGCAGAACCGGCUACAAACUGGACACUGACAACAAAGGUUGUGUCGAUAUCAAUGAGUGUGAGAUACCAACUGUAUGUGAUGAAGUCUGUGUCAACACUAAUGGCAGUUUUCAUUGCCUCUGUACCUCUAACACUAUUUUGGACGCUGAUGGUCGAAGUUGCAUACCCUGUCAAGAUGGAGAUGUUCGACUGGUGAAUGGUUCUGUUCCGUCUGAGGGAAGAGUGGAGGUGUGCAGAGGUGGAGUAUUUGGUACUGUCUGUGAUGACUUCUGGGAUGAGCUGGAUGCCAGGGUCGUCUGUACACAACUCGGAUACUCUGCAUCAGGAUCCAUUGCUGUGUCUGGUGGUGGGUUUGCCCAAGGCACUGGCUCUAUUUUUCUUGACGACCUGAAGUGCAGUGGAAAUGAGCAGAGUCUUUUGAACUGUUUGUACAGUCAGACCCACAAUUGUGACCACUCUGAGGAUGCAGGAGUCAGGUGUCAAUCCAUGUGUAGUCAUGGUGAAGUGCGACUGGUGGUGGGAGAGGAUGCGGACUUUUUCUACGAGGGUAUCACUGACUACAAUAAUGCCUACUAUGACAAGGACGGACUGACAAGUGGCAGAGUGGAGGUGUGUGUCUCUGGGAGGUACGGUUCAGUUUGUAGCCCCCCUUGGACAGAAAUGGACGCCUCUGUCGUCUGCAAGCAGCUAGGCUUCUCACAAUAUGGUGCUGUUGGUGUGAGUGCAGAAUUCUUCAAUGAAGGCCAUGUGCCGGUCCUUCUUAACUCUGUCCGCUGUGCUGGCAAUGAGACUGCCAUCUUGGACUGUCCUAGUGCUGAAGGAAGUGGUUUACCUUGUCCCACUGUUGGGGUGUCUUGCCAGGCCUCAGGCACAGCAGCUGGUGACUGCUCCACUGGAGAUAUUCGUCUCACGAAUGCCACUGACACUUCAACAACCAGGGCAGGACGUUUGGAGGUAUGCAUCAAUAAUGCCUGGGGAACAGUCUGUGAUGAUCGAUUCGACUCUCUUGAUGCAACUGUGGCCUGUGUUCAACUGGAAGGAUUCAACUCAUCUGGGGCCCAAAGUACAUCCAUUGGGCAGUUUGGAACUGGAUCAGGACCAAUAUACCUCACACAACUAAACUGUAUUGGAACUGAAUCACGGGUAUUGGAUUGCCCCACACACCAUCAUCAGCCCCCUAGUUUACUGUUACCGUCUUGUGAGCACUCCCAGGAUGUGGCCAUUACCUGUACAGACAUUGAUGAGUGUGCUGAGGAUAAUGGAGGAUGCAACCAGAACUGUACCAACUCUAUCGGGAGCUACCAGUGCAGUUGUCAGAGUGGCUAUCUACUCAACCAGGAUGAGAGAGGCUGUGAUGACAUUGACGAGUGUUUAACUGACUCUCAUAAUUGUGACCGGGAGAAUGGUGUGUGCAAUAACACAGUGGGUAGCUUCAACUGCUCCUGUCGCAGUGGCUUUACUGGAGAUGGACUUACCUGCACACGUAUAUUGUGUGCACAAGUGGACAACAUUUGCCAUGCCAACGCUAUGUGUUUUGAUGACCCUGACACUGGUAUUAUCUGUGAGUGUAAGGAGGGCUAUGUUGGAGAUGGACUAGUCAACUGCUCAAACAUUGACGAGUGUUCCAGUACCAUCCUAAACACCUGUCAUGAGAAUGCCACCUGCACUGACACCAUCGGCAGCUUCAACUGCUCCUGCAUACAGGGCUUCCAAGGAAAUGGCACUGACUGCACAGACAUCAAUGAGUGCAGUGAUGAAGCACUGAACAAUUGCCAUAGUGAUGCCAUCUGUGUGAAUGAGGUUGGGAACUUCUCCUGUGCAUGUAGACCUGGUUACCGUGGUGAUGGUGUGAGCUGUGAAGAUAUCAACGAGUGUGAUGAAGAGACUGAUAACUGUAUCAACUCACCUUGCAACAACACGAGAGGCAGCUUUGUGUGUGGAGACUGUUUCCCUGGGUUCACUGGAUUGAACCAGUGCUCGUGUAUGCAAGGAGGUGUCCAGUUGUUCAAUGGGGCCAACAGGACACUGACCACUGAGCAAGGCUUUGGUCGUGUGGAGGUGUGCUACAACAACUCCUACUACACUGUGUGUGAUCAUCGCUGGGACGUCCUGGAUGCCAGUGUGGUGUGCACACAGUUGGGGAGGAACUCGGCAGGGUCUGUGCCUGUGGGGGGCAGUGUGUUCAGCAGUGGCCCCUCCCCCAUUCUCCUGGACAACAUUCGCUGCUCUGGUAGCGAGUCAUCUCUUCUCGAGUGCCGCCACAAUGGGUUCCAAGUGUUCAACUGUGACCGCAGUGAGAUUGCUGGGGUGUUCUGUGACAGUGCGUGCAUUGAAGGAGAUGUGAGGCUACUGGAAGCCGACGGUCUCUCAGACUUCACUGAUCUGUCCAGUGAUCAAGACGAUCUGCUCAGGGGCAGAGUGGAGGUGUGCGUGGGAGGCAACUAUAGCACUGUGUGUAACGAUGGUCAAUGGGACAAUCAGGACGCCUCUGUGGUGUGUCGACAACUGGGGCUCUCCCUAUAUGGGUCUGUUGUGGUGUCUGGUGGAUUGUUCUCAAGCACGGUCCUCUCCCCGGCCCUCUCUGGUGUGAGGUGUAAUGGCUCUGAGGAGCAGCUCCUCCAGUGUCCCCACAGCCCCUCCCCCCUAUGCACCACCCAGGAAGACGCAGCUAUCAUCUGUCAAGAGAGGAGCACUGUGAGAGGUGAGUGCAGUGAUGGAGAGAUUCGACUGGUGGGAGGCAACAUACUCUCUGGGCGUCUGGAGCUCUGCAUUAACAAUGCCUGGGGCACUGUCUGUGAGGAGGGAUUCACUGCAGACGAUGCUCAAGUUGUCUGCAACCAGAUUGGACUGCCACAUAACGGAGUGAAUGUAUUUAGAGAUCAGCGAUAUGGAAUUGGAAGUGGCCCAAUAUUUCUUACCAGAGUCUCCUGUUCUGGAACUGAGACACAGUUAUUGGAUUGUGAAUAUCGAACUGUACAUUCCUGCACACAUUCCAAUGACAUCUCCAUUGAGUGCAUAGACAUUGAUGAGUGUGCUGUCAACAAUGGUGGUUGCUCUCAGGUGUGUGUGAACGACCUCCCUGAUCCGAGUGGUGUUGCACCUGGUUAUCACUGUGAGUGUCGUACUGGUGACAUCCUCCAUCCUGACAACCACACCUGUAUCCCCAACUCCCUCUGCUCCCUCAUUGAUGGGGACCUCUCUUGCUCCUGUCGCCUUGGCUACCUGGACACAACCGGGAGCGGACUCAACUGCACAGAUAUUGAUGAAUGCUUGAACUCAACUGCUUGUGGUGAGAACUUCUUAUGUACAAACACUGAUGGUGAUUUCAACUGCGAAUGUUCCCCUGACUAUCAUCUCAAUGAAAGCCGCUGUGUGUGUCAUGAUGGAGAGUUGCGACUGGUGGGUGGGGCUAACAUGAGAGAGGGACGAGUGGAGCUGUGCCUUUCUGGAGGUUACACUACACUGUGUGAUGACUCUUGGGACGAGCAAGAUGCUACUGUGGCCUGUCGACAGCUCGGAUACUCCACUGAUGCUGUGGUGGCGUUCAGUGAUGCUCACUUUGGUGAGGGUGUGUCCAACAUCAGCCUGGGGGGUCUGGACUGUACUGGCAGUGAGAGUCGACUAUUGGACUGUUCCCACCAGACAAGCCCCGUCUGUUCCCAUGCCGAGGACGCCGGUGUGAGGUGUGGAGCUUUGUGCACGGAGGGUCAUGUGAGACUGGUAGCCAAUGAGGAGUUUGACAACAACGGACUGACUGAUGGAAGAGUGGAGGUGUGUGUAGGCGGGCGAUACGGAGCAGUGUGUGACGACUUCUGGGACAGUGGAGACGCCUCUGUGGUAUGCAGGGAGAGGGGACUGUCACCAUAUGGAGCCGUUGCUCUUACUAAUGAUAUUCAUUUCUCUGAUACUUCUAUUCCACUACUCAUCACGGACCUUGGUUGUGUUGGCAACGAGACGUCUAUACUGGAUUGCAGCUUCAACCAAUCACCAGACACUUCUUGUGGAGCGUUUGAAGAGGCAGGGGUCGUGUGUCAAUCUCUGUCCACUCUCCGUAGCGACUGUGCUGAGGGACAACUGAGACUAGCCAACUCCACUGACGAUGAGAACACUCAGUCUAGACAAGGCCGAGUAGAGAUCUGUAUCAACAAUGCCUGGGGCACUGUCUGUGACUCCAGCAACACGUUUGGCCCCAACGAUGCCUUGGUUGCUUGUGCUCAACUUUCUGGGUUCCAGAGAGCUGGGGCAGGAGUGGUGACUUCCAACCUCCCCCCAGCCACUGGUCCGGUCUUCCUGGACAGACUACUGUGUCAGGGCACCGAGAGCUCUCUGUUGGACUGUCCCAGCGUGCAACUGGGUGUGGUCACAUGUUCCCACUCACAGGACGUUGCAGUCAGAUGCACAGAUAUUGAUGAGUGUGCCACCAACACCUCGUGCUGUGAACACAACUGUUCUAACACUAUUGGCAGCUUUGACUGCAGUUGUUACGAUGGCUACCAACUCAACAGUAACGGGUGUACUUGCUCAGACAUCAACGAGUGUGCCAUGAACAAUGGAGGCUGUGAGCAGAACUGUAACAACACUGAGGGCAGCUUCAACUGUUUCUGUAACACCGGGUUUACUCUAGACCCAAACCAGAGCAGCUGCAAUGAUGUGAAUGAGUGCUUGGAUAGAAAUGGUGGUUGUAACCAAGGUUGCAACAACACUGAGGGCAGCUUCUACUGUUACUGCAAUGAAGGGCACACACUUCAUAGCAAUGGCUUCCUCUGUGAGGACAACAAUGAGUGCCUAACUGACAAUGGAGGAUGUGAACACACUUGUACUAACACUGAGGGAAACUUUAGCUGCUCCUGUAACACUGGCUAUGAACUAGAUGGCAAUGGAUUCAACUGCUCUGAUAUUGACGAGUGUGAUGGCAAUGAGCUUGAUUGUCUGUCCAAUUCUAUCUGCGUCAACAUUGAGGGUAAUUACACCUGCCCCUGUAAUAAUGGAUUUACUGGAGACGGCUUCACUGGUUGUGAAAACAUCAACGAGUGUGAAGAUGGCACUCACAACUGUGACCGCAAUGCCAUCUGUACUGACAAUGUUGGGAGCUUUGCUUGCACUUGUGUGUUUGGCUACACGGGGACAGGAGAGCAAUGCGACUGCACUGAUGGACAGGUGCGGCUGAUGAAUGGAAGUGAGCCCAGUGAAGGUCGGAGAAAGGGAAGAGUUGAGAUCUGCUACAACAACACCUAUGGCAGUGUGUGUGACGACUUCUUCAAUGAGAAUGCUGCAGCCGUUGUUUGCAAUGGAAUUGGCUCUCCAGUUCGUGGUAUUGACAGUACAUUUGGUGUUGGUUCUGGUCCCAUCACUCUGGACAAUGUGGUGUGUGCUGGCACUGAGGACAACCUCUUGAGCUGCUCCCAUAACCAGAUAUUCCAGCACAACUGUGACCACUCUGAAGAUGUGGCUGUCAUCUGUGAUGUGCCGUGUAUCGAGGGGAGUGUCAAGCUACUUAACCCAACAGCAUUUGUGAGACCUCUCCAAUCCUACAACUUCAUCAAGGACCAGUUGUCUCGAGGCGUUAUUGCUGUGUGUGUCAACGGACAGUACUCCACUCUCUGUGACGACAGGUCAUUCAAGUCUAUCGAUGCCUCCGUAGUCUGCAGUCAGCUGGGAUUCUCGUCUUAUGGUGCUGUGGCUGUGUCUGAGUUCUUCUCUGACAACACUCUCACUGGAAUCCAAUCCAAUGUCUCCUGCAAUGGCACAGAAAGGAAACUGACAGACUGCAGACUAACUUCCAGGGGAACUUGCUCAUUAUCUGAUGGUGAUGUGGGUGUUGUAUGUGCCCCUCUCUCCACUGUGAUGGGUGUGAUGUGUGAGGACGGUGAUGUGAGGGUAGUGGGUGGAGAGACUGUCCUUGAGGGGAGGGUGGAGGUGUGUGUGAAUCGUGCCUGGGGCACUGUCUGCGGUAGAGGCUUCACUGAGGACGAAGCUCACACUGUCUGCACUCAACUAGGACUCCCAUUUAAUGGUACUGUUGUGUUUCCAGACUCCUCCCAGUUUGGGGAAGGGUCUGGUCCGAUAUUCUUGGAGGGACUGACUUGUUCCAGUGAGAGCUCCAACCUUGUGCAGUGUGCGGACAACCCCAUUGGUGUCCACAGGUGCACACACUCUCAAGAUACGGGGGUCAGGUGCCUAGACUACAAUGAGUGUGCUGUUGGAAAUGGAAACUGCUCCCAGAUCUGUGAUAACCUAACCCCUGGUCACAGGUGCCUCUGUAUGGAUGGUUACCUUCUGACUGAAGACAACAGGACCUGUAAUGACAUUGAUGAGUGCAGGGACUCUCCCUGUCAUCCCAAUGCCACCUGCACCAACACUCAAGGUAGCUUCCAAUGUAGCUGUGACAACAACUUUUUCGGUAAUGGGAUCUCCUGUACCCUCGUCUGUGUGAACGGUUUCCAACUGGAGGGACAGACCUGCAUGUGCAAUGAUGGAGACCUGCGGCUAGUAAGUGAGGGAGGGGAUAACGAGGGACGUGUGGAGGUGUGCUUCAACAAUACGUACGGCACCGUCUGCGGAGAUUUCUGGGAUGAGCUGGACGCUACUGUAGUCUGUCGAGACCUCGGAUUCGCCACCAAUGGCUCUCUUCCAGUGACUGACUUGAGUUUUGGUGGUGGGGAGGGUAAAGUCUUCCUCAGUAAUGUCCACUGUCAAGGAACUGAAGAGAGACUAGUAGACUGCCCUAGCAACCCGACCAACUGUAGCCACACCAGGGACGUUGGAGUCAGGUGUCAAGCAAUGUGCACGGAGGGUGAAGUGCGACUCUGUAUUGGGGAGGGGUGUGUUGUUAUGGAGACCCAGGACUUCCUCAUCGACAACAGACUAAGUGUGGGGCGUGUGGAGGUGUGUCUGGACGGACGAUUUGGGACAAUCUGUAGAGACUCUUGGGAGAAUCGUGAUGCAUCAGUUCUCUGCUCAGAGUUGGGCUUCUCUCGCUAUGGUGCUAUUGCUCUGUCCGAUGCUCAGUUUUCUGAGGGACUCAAGCCAACCAGCUACAACGAGAUCAGCUGUCAUGGAAAUGAGAGUAAACUGUCAGAAUGUGCAUUUGUGGGGCCAUCUAGAGCUCAGAGCUGCGGUCGUUUUGAGGACGCAGAGACUGUCUGUCAGAAUCCAGCAACAACUGUGGCUGGCAACUGCUCCACUGGUGACGUGCGUCUCAUUGGACCCACAGACCAGACAGCUGGCACAGCCGAGGGACGAGUGGAAGUGUGCAUCAACAAUGCCUGGGGCACCAUCUGUAGCAAUAGUUUCACCCCCGAGGAUGUCGGCACCAUCUGUGUGGACCUGGGAGGAUUCAACAGAAGUGCAUCUCUUGCUAUACCGACGGUGUCUGCUGGAUCUGGCCCCAUCUUCCUGGACCAGCUGGCUUGCUCUGAGUCAAGUGAGACUGUGCUGGAGUGCAACAGGUUCUUCUCUCCCACUGGUCUCCACGGCUGUGACCACUCCAUGGACGUCAGUGUGCGCUGUACAGACAUUGAUGAAUGUGCUAACAGCAAUGGUGGAUGCAAUCAGAACUGUACAAACACUAUUGGUAGUUUCUACUGCUCCUGUGGGGAAGGAUAUCGCCUUGGCAACCUUGGUCUCAACUGCAAUGAUAUUGAUGAAUGUGAAGAGAGUAAUGACUGUGCUCAGACCUGUAGCAACACUAUUGGCAGCUACACCUGCGGCUGUAACCUUGGUUAUCAGCUAUCCCCUGACCAACGGAGCUGCUCAGACAUCAACGAGUGUCUCACCAGCAAUGGAGGCUGUGAGCAGAACUGUAACAACACUGAAGGCAGCUUCAGCUGUUUCUGUGCCUCUGGGCUCAGCCUGGACAGCAAUGGACUCAACUGCAGCGACAAUAACGAAUGUCUUGUGAAUAAUGGAGACUGUGAACACACCUGUACUAACUCUGAGGGCAACUUUAGCUGCUCCUGUAACACUGGCUAUAGCUUGGAUGAUAACGAACGAAACUGCACGGACAUUGACGAGUGUGGUAGAGACCCACCUCCAUGUCAUGAGGAUGCUAACUGUACUAACAUCGAGGGCAACUUCACUUGUACUUGUAACACUGGCUUUACUGGGGAUGGACUGGAGGACUGUGUUGACAUUGAUGAGUGUGUGGAGAGUUCCGACAACUGUGACGACAAUAGAGCAACCUGCACUAACACUAGAGGCUCCUAUAACUGCUCCUGUAACCAUGGAUACAUCGGGAAUGGAUUCACGUCUCAAUGCACUUGUACGGAGGGUGCCAUACUGCUCAUGAACGGUGUGUCUAUAUUACCAAGAGAGGGCAGAGUAGAGGUGUGUACGGACAAUGAGUACAAGAGUGUCUGCAACUUGUUCUUUGAUGAGCUUGAGGCUCAAGUCGUUUGUGAUCAGCUCGGAUUCUCCUCUCCUGCCACCACUUCAUUCCAAGUGCGAGAUGGUCGGUAUGGACUGGGGACAGGGCCCAUGAUUCAGAACAGCUACACAUGUGAUGGAACAGAGUCGUGGUUCUUGAACUGCACUGCAGAGUCCUCUGUGACCUGCACCAACGGUCACACUCAAGAUGCAGCUGUCAGAUGUGAAGCCGUGUGUGAGGAGGGUGAUGUGCGACUGAUGGCCUCUGGUAACACGAAAUCCUAUGUAAACGAUACUCAACGUCAGGGCCUUGUAGAGAUGUGUGUAGAGAAAGAGUAUCGAAGAGUGUGUGACGAAAAUUGGAAUAAUAAAGAGGCUUCGGUUGUUUGUGGAGAACUUGGACUGUCUAGAUACGGAGCGAUUGCUUUGCCUGGAGUUGGGGUCAGUGGAGGACAGCCUGCCUUGAAGAACGUGUCCUGUAUAGGCACUGAAGACAGACUCAGAAACUGCACUUUUGAUAGAACUAAUUUCGAUGACAGAUGUGAAAUUUCCCCAGUGGUCUGUCAAGACCCUAGCACCACUACAGACGCAGGCUGCUCUGAGAAUGAUGUACGACUAGUUAACAACAACCGCUUUGAUCUUCUAGAUGGGAGAGUGGAGGUAUGCAUCAACCGUGCCUGGGGCACUGUCUGCUCUGAGUUGUUCGAUGCUAAUGAAGCUCGGGUCGUGUGUGGAAGUUUCAAUGGAUACGAUACGGAUGUUCUCCCAUCUGUGUCUAUGUCUGACUACACAGCUGGCAGUGGACCAAUCUUCUUCGCUGGUCUUAGGUGUACUGGACAAGAGGAGAAUCUGGUGGAAUGUCCUGGAUCCUUCGGUGACCACACUUGUACACACUUUCAAGACGUGGCUGUCAUCUGCCCAGAUAAGGAUGAGUGUCUCAAAGAGAAUCGUUGUGGAGGAAACAGCAAUUGUAUCAACACUCCUGGGUCCUUUGACUGUGUCUGUCGUGAUGGAUUCCAGGGAGACCCAUUCACCAUGUGCACAGAUAUUGAUGAGUGCUCAAACAAUGGAGGCUGCUCUGACGAUUGUGUCAAUAUCGUCGGCUCAUUCUUUUGCACAUGUCCAAAUGGUUACCAGCUAGACGAUGAUGGUCGCACUUGUAUCGAUAUGAAUGAAUGUGAACAAGAUCCUGAUCUAUGUGCCAAUGAUGUAACAAGAGUUUGUGUCAAUACAAACGGUAGCUACACUUGCAAUUGUAGACUUGGAUAUCUUGAGAAUAAUGCAAACAGUGUGUGUGAAGAUAUUGAUGAGUGUUCUGUUAGUAAUGGAAGCUGCUCUCAUGACUGUUUCAAUACUGAAGGCUCUUUUGAGUGCAACUGUCCAACUGGUCUCCAGCUAGAUGGUGGGAGAUUGAACUGCACUGAUAUCAAUGAAUGUUUGUCUCCUCACUCGACACUGACCAACUGUGACAGUGAGGAUAAAGCAAAUUGUAUCAAUACUCUCGGCAGCUACCAGUGCUCCUGUCUGUCAGGCUACACUGGAGAUGGUGCCAACUGUACUGACAUUGAUGAGUGUCUACUGGAUGAGGACAAUAACUGUGCCGCUCAGGCUGUGUGUGAGAACACUGUGGGUAGCUUCAGGUGUCAGUGCUCUCCUGGCUUCACUGGAGACGGAAGUACCUGCACAUGCACUGAUGGUACAGUGAGGCUGGCCAACACAGUGGAUGGCAGUCCCCCUCAGUACAUAGCAAGGUCCCUCGAGGAUGCCUCUGUCUGCUUGUACACGGACAACAAGAAGAACUGCUCUCAGUCUUGGGAAACUCUUGAGGGAAGAGUGGAGGUGUGUCAGCAAAACAGGUUUGGCACUGUCUGUGACGAUCGUUUUGAUGUCCUGGAAGCAAGAGUGGUCUGUGGACAGCUCGGAUUCAGCUCAAGCACGAGUGUGGUACCCAUCAAGCGGUCUCCACGACUCUACGGGUAUGCCCCCCCUAACACACCCACUGUCCUGGAUAACUUACGGUGCUCUGGAAUUGAGCUCUCUCUACUCGAUUGUGACUCCUUCACACCCACAAACUCUCGUAGAUGCCAACACCUUGAAGAUGCUGGUGUGCAGUGUGGAGCUGUGUGCAUGGAUAGGAGUGUGCGUAUCAUUGCUGGUGAUGGAGAUGACUUCUACAAUGGACUAGACUCACCCCUCGAUCCCUCUUUCUAUAUUGAUGAGGAGUUGGCAGCUGGUCGACUAGAGAUUUGUGAAGAGGGAGUGUGGAGACCAGUCUGCAUCGAUGUCUUUGACUAUACCGAUGCUUCAGUGGCUUGUGCUCAGCUGGGCUUCUCCAGAGCAGGUGCCAUCAAUGGAGAGAGCAGUGAAUUCAAGCUUACGGUACAGCCGGACAGACUGUACCAGAGGAACAUCACGUGUGUGGGCAGUGAGAAUAGUCUAGUUGAUUGUGCCGUGUCUGACCAGCUCUUGGCAGACUGCAGCAAUACCUUGAAUAAUGCCUACAUAUCCUGUCAAGAUCUAGACACUGUUUCCUCAAACUGCACAAACUGGGAGGUGAGACUAGAGAAUGGCACCAGCGUGAGAGAGGGUCGGCUGGAGGUGUGUCUCAAUAAUGCCUGGGGCACUGUCUGUGACAACGGGUUCAGUGAUACUGACGCCUCAAUCGUCUGUGGCCAGUUGGACUUUGAUAAAGAGGGUGCAAGGGCUCAGUCUCAGUCAGACCUGAAUUUCUACGCUGGUACUGGACCCAUCUUCUUGACUAAUGUGCAAUGUGAGGCUAGUGACAACACACUGUUUGACUGUCUGUUAAACGGAGGCUCCACUACUCUCAACACACUUGGGCUCACUACAUGUGAUCAUGAUGAAGACAUUGGUGUGGAGUGUAUUGCUACCUGUAAGAGUGAGACCUCGACGACCACUCGUGGGAGCUACAAUUGGAUAAGGAUAGUUGCCGAGGAAAGGGGCUCUUUAUCAUGUGUCUAUGGAGCAGUGGACAGAGACAAUCAAGCACUGGUCAAUAAUGGCAUGGCUCUCAGAUACUGCAACGAGUAUGGCAACUGGGAAAAGGAGGACUUGAGAGACUGUCUCACAUUCACCAAAUCUAGACUUCUAAACAUUACUGGGAGUGUUGUGACAGACGAGAACUUGGAGUCUGUCACUGUGAGAUUGAUGGAAGCAGUCACUAUGGCCACCACUGAAGAAGAUCAGAGUGCUGAUAUUCUCGAGAGGAUUACGGACCUUGUUUCUGAAAUAGAGAGCUGCACUUCAGAGGACAGGUGCUCAGCUGGACCAACAGAGAUCAACAACUUAGUGAUGACUUUGGACAGAAUGCAAGACUGGAGAAAUGACACUCUCAGAGACUUCUCAGCAAAGAUUGCCCUGGAACUGGAGAGUAUAAUCUCAGACUACACCAGAGAGCUGACAAUACCGGAGGGAACUACAAAUGUUACAAUUACUUUCACUUCUGGAUCCAUAACUUUCUUGGGCUUUAAAGAGGAACGAAUUGAGCUAGAGAAUAAUGGACUCACUUUCUCUUCAUCUGGAGGUUCUUUAGCAACUGAUGAAGCUGGAGCUGUGUACAGCAGUGCUUUGGCUGUCCCUGCGGGUCUCUUAUCAAUCAACUUGCCUCCAAACCUUUUCCAAAACUUGACAACAGCUGAUAGUCUCUUAGGGGAGGCCUCUGGUCUGUUCCCUGGUGAUGACGUCAGUGUUCUCUUCAACACAUACGACUCUUCCACUCUCUUCCCGAUAUCCAACGAGACUCAGUACAGACUUUCUAACAUCAGUGAUCCAGAACUAGUCGGUCAGUUUCAAGUGGCCUCUUCCCUAGUAUCAGCCUCUGUGGUUGGCUACAAUGUUCGUAAUCUACCAAACAACACCAAGGUCACCAUCAUCCUGAAACUUCAGUCGAAUGAGUCCCAAGUACCGCUGUGUGUCUACUGGGACGAGACUGCUCAAGGUGAUCAAGGUGAUUGGAGCACGGAGGGAUGCGAGAGAGUUGGUGACAAGUUUCUGGACAGGGUGAUCUGUCAAUGUGACCACCUCAGCACAUUUGGAGUGUUUGUGAAUAUUAAUCCUCUACCUUGUAACCCUGGCUUUAUGAGCAAUCCCAGUGCCACAAAAUGCAUUCCUAUUCGCCCUGAGGUGUCCAUAGAGUACACUGAGAGAGAUCCUCUCACUGUCAUGAGCCUCCCUGACAACACCUACCAAGUGGAGGUCGGCCACGAUUUCGAAGUUACCUGUAUCUCCACUGGAAACUUCAGUGGAGAGGUCACCUGGUACAAACUCAGCAAUACUGGUGCAAAGGUUGUUGAGCUGAAUGCCACGGUUCCAGAAGAGGUGAUAAUGUCGUCAGGAUUUGGGGAUAAUAGUUCCAUUCCCCUUGAUCCCACCUCCCCUCCCCCUAUGAUUGAGGAGAAGCCUGGUCAACUGUAUGCCUACCGUCUCAGUCGCAGUGAGGUCACUCUGGGCACUCGGAGGAGGGAUGUUCUCGGAGCCAGUGUUGGGACUGGACGAGUUGCCAUGGGAACGUAUGUCUGCACCGCCAGUAAUGCUGUCAUCAACAACACAGUAAUGAUAACUCUUCAAGUCAAAGAUGUCCCAGUGACAGACCCUCAAACAACUCACUACAUUCGGUUCUCCACUCUGCCCUAUGAGAUGGCUUAUAGUCAGCUCAAUGUCCGCAGUGAGGGUCUGGUGAACGCUGUGCUGAGCAAGGCAGUACUCGAUGCUCUCAACAGCUCCAUCAUCAACACUGUGCAGGACAACUCUUUCUCUGCUACCCAGCUGAAGACGACAUGCAAUCCUGUAUCAAGUCGCCCUGAGGACACUACCAACAAUAUGAUACGUGUGGAGUGCCGGAUAGUGAAUUUCCCUCGGCUAUCUACGGACACACUCUUGCUAUACUUACAAGACAGCUCUUUCAAUAGCACGCUUCAGAGCAACCUGCAGUUGGGCCCACUCCAACUGAACAUAUCAAGUGAUGGUUUCUGUGACAAUGAGAUGAUAGACACACCCGACCGUCGUGGAAUGUACUUAUGGAGUGAAACCCAGGUUGGACGUACCAUUCAAAGGAGUUGUGUCUACAACAAUGCCUCGAUUGGAAGCAGGCGGUGUUCUAGUCACCUCAGCUGGGAGAAUGCGAACCUCAUGAACUGCAUCACCAGAGACACACUCGAGCUGCAAUUAUUAGCUGAGAGACUUGUGAAACAAUCUGUGACUGCUGACAAUGCUGAGGACGUAGUUAGCCAGGUUACAAAUAUUGUGUCUAAUUUGGAUGAAGUGGAUGAACAGUCAGAAGCUAACCUCGACCUCAUUGUGAACGUGUAUGACAACAUUGUGGGAAACCUGAUCGAUACAACCAACUUCUCUGUAUCAACUAAUUUCACCGAGAACACAGUGUCUGUAUUGAACGAUGUAUCUGACUGGCCCGAAAGCGUUGUCAAAGAGAGGUCAUCAUCGCUUGUAAAUUCAUUUGAAGCUAUAGCUGGUAACCUGGGUAAUCAAGAUAGGAACGAUAUGUAUGAAGUAGUUGAGGAAUCGAUAUCCCUUCAAGUAUUGAGAGAGAACCAGACGAAACUACUAGAGAUUGGAAGAAUGUUCACUCCUCCUGAAAACCUCUUUGAUCAGCUGGACUUGUCCAACUCGACAGUAGAGCUAGUUGACCUCUCCAUCUCUCUCCCUCCUCAAGUGUUCAACAUAUCCACUGACACAGCUGUAGCUGGACUCAUCUUCACCUCUUACAGAGACACUACACUCUUCCAACUGACCCCUCCUGUCUCUGCAAACACCAGUGACUACAACUACACAGCUGACUCGGUGGUGCUGGGGUUUGCUGUGGCCGACACUGACGUGAGGAACUUGACAGAUCCUGUCAACAUUACUCUCCAAUCUCAGCGAGCACUGCAAGGACUCAACUGGUCAGAGCCCAUCUGUGUCUCCUGGGUCUUCAACAGUAUAGGAGAUGGUGGAGGCAACUGGUCCACAAAUGGUUGUGAAUUGGUCAGCUAUAACAAGAGUACUGGAGAGGUCCAGUGCAAGUGCAGUCAUUUGACCAAUUUUGCCAUCCUAGUUAAUGUGAAUGCACCACCAAUCUCGAAUGAGGUUAGAGAUGCUCUUGAAGCUCUGAGUAUCAUUGGCAGUGUGUUGUCUAUCAUUGGGCUAGUCAUCACCAUCUUUACCAUGCUCUUCUUCAAGAAGAUAAGAGGGAAAGAUGCUACCAAGUUCCACCUUCAGUUGUGUGUUGCCAUUCUGUGCAUGCUGCUGUCCUUCCUGAUUGGUGUGAAUCGCACAGAGGUGCCCGAGCUCUGCACCUUCUUCUCAGUACUCAUCCUCUAUUUCGCCCAUGCCUCUGUGUUCUGGAUGGGGGCCGAGGCUCUGCUCAUGGGCAAGAAGCUCAUCUUUGACAUCUUUGGCAGAUUCUCCAUGACCAAGUUCACCAUCCUCGUGUCAUUCAUAGCUUGGGGUGUUCCCUUCAUCUUCCCUGUAAUUGGUCUGAGCACUUUGGCCACUCAAGAGAAUUACCUCAUUCUAGUUGGAGAGGAUGCAGUGGAACUCAACGUCCCUGGAUACUGCUUCAUUAGGGACAUCAGACUCCUCUAUGGGAUAUUCCUGGCUCCGAUCGUUCUUGUACUUUUAUUCAAUACCAUCAUGUUCAUCAUUAUUGGCCGAGUGUUAAUCAUACACAGUAAAAAGAAGUUGGAUAACUUGAAAAAUGAAAAACAUCAAGAGCAGAAAAAACGUGCUAAAGGAAUUCUUAAGACUCUUAUCAGUAUUGUGAGCAUUAUGAUAAUGUUUGGUCUCUCGUGGUUCUUUGGAGCGUUGAGUAUUGGUGAGGGUGCAAUCGUGUUCCAGUGGCUGUUUGUCAUCUUCAACACCACUCAAGGAUUCAUGUUGUUCCUGUUCUUCUGUGUGAUUGGUGGAGACGCUCGCGAUGAGUGGAAGAACUUACUCACCUGCAACAAAUACAGGAGGAAGAAAUCGCUCACUGCACCACUGUCAUCAACGUCUGGUAACUCGCAUGCAAACCACAAAAAACAACAAAAAAGGAAACUUGACUCUGAAUCAGGUGACACUGGACUCACUAGCUAUGGAAAUAGCUAUGGAUACGGACGUUCCACCAGCACAAUUAGACGCUCUGUUGAAAGAACACUUGAAAAAGAAGAUGGUAAAGUACCGUUAGAUGUUGUGGAGCUGUCUCCUGGUUAUGAAUCCACCACCUUUGAUGAGAAACUAUUGAGAUUGUAUGGAACGGACUGCAUUGAUGAGAAGGAAGCCGAAACUUCACUUAUCAUUGAAAAUGGUGACACAAUCGAUGGUAAUCGAACUACUGAAAAGCCUAAGAAAUCCAGGCAGCUACCACCUCAUGUUUACAUCAAACUGAAACGACCAACUUACAAAGUGGAGAAAAUAACGUAUGAUGAUGCAGACGGGCUGCAAGAAAAAGUCGACCUCUCUUCGAAACGCUACAAUGAUAACGUAGAGACACACUCACAAGAAACAAAUGACAUUGUCUUUUCGAAUAACACUCAAGAUAGUCUGAUAGACUCGAUAGCGAGAGACCUCGAGCCAGCAACCCAGACUUCCCUCCUCGAUUCUGUUGUAUUGUCAAAUGGGUCAACAACAUUCAGUCAAGAGCAAGUUCAGAUGGUGGAACAACAUAACGUUGCUAAUUUUCCACACAAUGAACACAUCAAUGAUUCAUCCCAAUGUGCACUGCUACCAGAAGAUGCCGAACACUUAACUUUCAUGUGAGAACUAAACUUGUAAUAAUUAUUAUAAUGUAGCUAAUUAAUGUGCACUAUUAAGUACUGCUGAAACUGUUUAUUCACAUGGCUGAAUUAAAUUAAUAAUUUUUAUAAAUUAAUUACGCUGAUAUUAAUUUAUUACUUAUA